UGGUCUCCUUAAGCGUUAGAUAGCUGUGUUGCAGGUCAGUGACACGUCACUGUCUGCAGGGCACUGCUGGACAGGAGCAUCACAACAGCAGCUGGAAAUACAAACCUACAGCAAACAAGACAUGGGUGGCUUCUUCUCCAGCCUGUUUUCCAGCCUGUUUGGGACCAGGGAGAUGAGGAUCUUGAUCCUGGGGCUGGACGGAGCUGGGAAGACGACUAUCCUGUACAGGCUGCAAGUGGGAGAGGUGGUGACAACGAUUCCCAGUGAGUAUAUUCGUUUUCAACAAGGUUCUUUAAGGUUAAUGGAGAGCUUUUUGUUUCUGUUACAGGAGGAGGAGCUGAAAAAGGCUAUACUUGUGGUGUUUGCCAACAAACAGGAUAUGGAGCAAGCGAUGACACCCACAGAAGUGGCAAACUCACUUGGGUUACCUGCACUAAAGGACAGGAAAUGGCAGAUUUUCAAAACAUCUGCGACAAAAGGCACUGGAUUAGAUGAAGCCAUGGAGUGGUUGGUUGAAGCUCUGAAAAGCAGACAGUAAAUCUGCAGUGUUGUUCUUUAAUCCUCUCGACAUUUAUCUCCUACUUGUAAAUACUCUCCAAGAAAUUGUUGGACCAGGAAAUGUAUUAACAAGUUAAAAGCUGAGACACGCUCAAACACAAAUGUUUUCAGGAAGCCAGAAGGAACAGCUGUGUUCAUCCAGUGAUGGGAUGUGGGUUAAGAACUACCUGUGGCUGAUGGUGAAAGAAGUGAUGUUUUUUUCAGCGAUGGGGCCUCAGUCUGUGACCUCAGGAAGAGGAAAUUAGUGCCACUGCACUGCAAACACCUUUUACCUAACUUUUUGUUGCAGCUUAUGUACUGGUGUUAUUUUUUUGUAUUUAUGUGGAUUUCAUGGUUUUGAAGACUUAGAUUGGGCUUUAUUAGUACUUUUGUGUUGCUUUUACAGAUCCCAUGUUUUGCUUGGUGUUUUAAUUAGAAACUGACACUAAUAUAAAAUCUAAAAAUGCUUGGGAUGUCUUCCAAAUCUCAUAUUUAUCAAUGUCUUCAGAAGAGGACGGAUUCUGUAAAUUGUGAUGUUUUCACACUAAGAUCUCAAUAAAUACAGUACUAGAGCUUA